AUGGAGUUCUCACCGCUGGAUAGGUUUCUGGGCGUUUCUGCUGAUACAUCGCCGUCGUGGGAGUCUAUCGUGGCGGAUGCUUCACCGCUUUCAACGGCAGACACGGUGAACACCGUGACGACGACGCUGACCGGAAGCAGUGGACAGGAUACGGGCAACGCAGGAAGUGCAGAAACCUCAACCUGGAGCGACACAGCGAGUCUGAACAACCUACUGAGCGAAAACGCACUGGAAUCGAUCAAGAGACAGCGAGCACAGAAUAAACUGAUACAUUUGGACCCCAUACCAGAGUUCAAAGACCGUAAAGAGAUCAAGACAUGGCUUCAAAAGAUUUUUUACCCGCAGGGCAUCGAGAUCGUCAUAGAACGAUCUGACAAAAUCAAAGUAGUGUUUAAGUGCAAGGCUUCGAAACGCGGCCGUACGUCUCGUACCUCAGGCGCCCAUGAUGACAGUACUCCCGAUGAGCUUCCGGAGAGUCCACAAGCAGCCAAGCGAAUACUUCAGCAGUCAAAACUCAAGAAAAGAUCAGUUUCGCCGUACAAUACGUGUCCCUUCCGUGUACGGGCAACGUACUCACUUAAACGCAAGAAAUGGAACAUUGUGGUAAUGAACAACGGACACUCGCAUCCUCUGAAGUUCAACGCCGACAGUGAAGACUACAAAAACUUCAAAAACGUUUUACGAGAAGAACAGGACUGGGAUGCGGUAAGAAAGUUUGAUGAGCUUGAAACGCGAGCCCGCUUCAACUUACCUAUCGAACCGGAGGCAAUACCGUGCGACUGUGGACUCACACAAGAAAUUAAAAGUUUCGACAUUGUUCUCCCUACCUCAGAGGGCGUAAACAAAAAUGUCGACAAAACUGUCAGCAAACCGGCCCACAAAUCGCAACAGCCACGCAAGAACAAAAAUUUUGCUCAUCUGCUCAGCCGCAAUACCAUGCCUCAUGGAUGGGAUUCCGUAUCAGUUGUGUCACCAGAUAGCGGUUGCGAUCAACGUGGUAAAUCUAACGUGGCGAUGGAAACCGGCUUGCCCGCUUCACAACUCGUUGAUCCUUCCGGAACGAGUUGGGAUCCGGACAAUUUUAUUGCAGCAACCGAGGAGAUCGAUUUCACAGAACUGUUUCUCAAACCACUACCUCGUGUAAAACAAGAACCUAUGCAUGAAACCACGAAUCAUCAACUAACAGCGGAUCUUAUAGACCCAAAUCCAUGGACAGUUGUUGAUCAGAAGCCCUUUUUGGACGAACUCCGUUUCGCUCCUGCCGAGGUCCUAUGUGAACUGAAUCACUCAAACCACUGCGACUGCAUUCCUUCAUCAUCAACGGCUACUCCGUAUAAUGCAUCUCAAGCUGGAGAUAAUGCUGGCAUACGCGGAAACGGGAUUAGGUCCCCAUUAUUACUUCAACGACCGCCAUCUGAGGCCGGUGCGGUCCUUACGAAUGAUAUGCGAAAUAUGCACCUUUCCAACUUGCAUAUGCAUUCACCAGCUCCCAAUCAAGAUAUAGCGUGGGAUAUGGGGAACGGCAAUCAGUCUCAUGAACAAGUAUAA